AUGGAAGAGAAAAUGAAGGCAGCGUCAAAUUAUGACAAGUCAGUGUUGCAGAGUAAGGCGCUGUAUCAGUACCUUUUGGACACAAGUGUGUUCCCAAAUGAACCGGAGCCUCUUAAGGAGAUAAGAGAAGUUUCUGCAAGCCAUCCAGGGUCUAGGAUGGCCUCUGCACCAGAUGCAGGUCAGUUGAUGGCAAUGCUACUGAAGCUUAUCAAUGCUAAAAGGACCAUUGAAAUCGGUGUCUUCACAGGAUACUCUCUUUUGCUCACUGCCCUAACAAUUCCUGAGGAUGGCAAGAUAAUAGCCAUAGAUGUCGAUCGCGAGGCAUAUGAAAUGGGACUUCCCAUUAUCAAGAAGGCCGGCGUAGAGCACAAAGUCGACUUCAUUAAUUCCGAGGCUCUCCGAGCACUAGAUGAUUUGAUGGAAAAUCUUGACAACGAGGGGAGCUUUGACUUUGCCUAUGUCGACGCGGACAAAGUCAACUACUUGAAGUAUCACGAGAGGAUGAUGAAACUGGUCAAAGUGGGAGGGGUAGUCAUCUUCGACAACACCCUCUGGAAGGGAACCGUCGCGAUGCCUGAAGAUGCAGUUGCAGAGAAUUAUAAGGAGAAUCGAAAAUGGCUGAUUGAGUUCAACAAUUCACUCGCCGAUGAUGCUCGCGUCCAAAUUUGUCAUGCUUCAAUUGGUGAUGGGAUGACAAUCUGUAGGCGUCUUCGCUAA